CCUGGCUGGCAAGCAGGCUGCACCCCCUUCCCCCUUCACAGCUUGUGUUUGUCUUUUUUUACAACCUCGGAAGUUGCUAAGAGAUCGUAAACAGUGCUCAGGCUGUAGCAAAAGAUGUGUGGCUGUGCAUCUAGCUCUGCGGAUAAAAAGUCAUAUUCUCUAAAUCAGCCGGGAGAUGCUUCUUCUUCGAAGAAAGGCACAAAUUCAACUUCCAAGAAGAUGGCCAAACCGUAAGUGUUAAUCCUGUCCUCUUUCCCUCUAGCAGGCUCUCGUACAUUUUCCUUGCUCUCUCUGUGUGUGAAUGAGGUUCCACAGGAGAGGAAAAGACAGAGGUUUCACAGCUUGUGGGCUGGGCUGUAAUGAGUUUCUCACACUUCGGCAAAACUAAUCAUACUGUCUAUUAAAAUGUUUAAAUCCUAGGGGAGAAUAGGAAAGUCCUCCAAGAGCAUUUUCUUGAUAUGCGCUUUUAAAAUUUGAUUACUUUAUUUUUCAAACUUAUAUCCCACACUUCCUUUUGAAAUCCCAGAACCACUUAGAUGGGCUUCUCACUGGGCAACUAGCAAACCCAGGUCAACUCCUAGCCGCUGUUUUACUAAGGCUAGUAGAGGGAGUAGAGUCCACAAACAGAAGCCCGAAUUGUCCAAAAUGAGUUGAAAACAUCGGAGUCAACUCCUAAGGGCCGAGGUCCCCUCGCCACCCCCUUAUAAAAUAUUUGAGGGGGCUGCCCCCCAAGUUAAUGAGCUUUGCCAUUCAAAUGGUGUAGGUUGCACCACGUCAUGUGAUUAUGUGGGGCAGGGCUUACCUGCCCCCCAAUAUUAUAUUCAAGUUGGCACCCCUGGUUCUAAAGGUCUUAAGAUGUGCUCAGUAUACACAGACACAGAUUCUAUUAUUGCAUGCAACUGAAUCUGAUUAUGUUUUGAGGGGCAUUACAUUUUUAUCCUAUAUCUCAGAAAAGAAAAGAAACUUUUAAUGAAAAAGAGAGUGACCCUCCCAAUCUGCUCUCAGAUCAAAAAAUCAUUUCUUGCUACAUUAACCACCAGAUAUACCAGUAACAAUGUCUAUUUAAUUUCCAGUAUACCAAUAUCCAAGCAGCUGGCUUCUAUAAAAGGUAAGUGAGCUACUCCCCUUGUUUCCUUUAUACAUUCAUCUAUUUUCCUGGACAGGGCAGCAUAAAAUGCGGUGAUGCACAUAGCAUUUCUAACAAUGUUUACUUCUAACCUUAUUCUAUUGGGCUCACUCCCAGGUUAUUGGGGUUAGAAUUGCAACCUGAAUAUAUUGCAACACAGAGCACACAUCAUUCCCAUCCCAAAGCCAAAUGUUUUUGAGGUUCUCUUAAGAACAUCUAAGGAAACAAAUACAUUUUUAGUUGAUGCUGAAUUCUUAUUUUUUAAUGAGUUGGUAUGACGUGGGUGGUGCUGUGGGUUAGACCACAGAGCCUAGGACUUGCCGAUCAGAAGGUUGGCGGUUCGAAUGCCCGUGACAGGGUGAGCUCCCGUUGCUCGGUCCCUGCUCCUGCCAACCUAGCAGUUCGAAAGCACGUCAAAGUGCAAGUAGAUAAAUAGGUACCGCUCUGGUGGGAAGGUAAAGGGCGUUUCCGUGUGCUGCUCUGGUUCACCAGAAACGGCUUAGUCAUGCUGGCCACAUGACCUGGAAGCUGUACGCCGGCUCCCUCAGCCAAUAAAGCGAGAUGAGCGCCGCAACCCCAGAGUCGGCCACGACUGGACCUAAUGGUCAGGGGUCCCUUGGUCCCUUUACCUACCAUACAUUACUCAGAGAGGAGGGCAUUCCAUCAAUGGAGUGCCACCGCUGAGAAGCCCAUUCCUGCAUCACCACAGAAUGAAGCUCUUCCCACACCAGGAUGCUAACAAGGCCCCUCUAUAGAUUUUAAGGGUUGGGCAGGCUCAGGACUAUUUUUGCAAAGUGGCAACUCUAACCAUCAGCCUGAAUCACAACCCUCUCUUAGUCUGCAAGGUUGUUCCACCUCUAAGCAGGCAUCCAUAGUGCUGUUCUGGGUGCAUUACAACACACCGGGCCACCGCUAAGAGUCUUCUAAGCCUUCCUUUGAAUCCUGCAGCUGGGUCUUCUGCAGGUAGCUCACAACCAUCAACACCCUCGCCAUACAAAUGCAGUAUGCAGUGUCAUUGCUGUUAACUGCAGGAAGCUCAGAAUAAUUUACGCUUGCUGACUCUGGACUCUACUGUUCUUCUUGUUGUUGUUGCUGUUUCAAAAACUGCUUCCGUUGGCCUCCCACUUAUUGUAUUUCGCCCCUCAGCUCUAGGGAAAGGCUCGGAUCUGGAGAAAGCUGUUGCGACAGCAGCCUUGGUUUAUGACAACGUUGCAGACACAGAGGGCAAGCUCAGCAAAGCCGAAGCAAAAAAGUUGCUCGAGACUCAGUUUGUGCAUUUCAUGCAGGUAAGUGGGUUGAAGGGAGUAAUCAAGCUGGUAUAACGGGAACAUCGGGAGAAGGGACCAAACUCUUUUUUUUUUUAAUAUAAUUUUUAUUAACAAACCAAUCAAAUCACAUUAGUUUCAAAUUACAAAGCCAAAUUUUUAAAUUUUUGUUGGGGGUACCCAUGCUUCGAGCUCAGAAAGGGAUCCAAACAUCUCUCUUGCUGCUGCUUUAAUGUUACAGUUCUGUCCAAAUAGUAUUCACAGUUCUAUCCAAUCUUCUCUUUAUUGUUUUCCUCAUUUUCUUGUUGUUGUCAUAUAUUCCUUUCUUUGUGACCUCUGAUAGUCUCCACAAGCGGGUUGAAAACAGACGUAGAUUAACCUGUGUGGAUUUUCCGUUCCUCCAAGAGCCAUAUUUCAAACAGACAGACGCCAUUUCCACACUUCCGAACAAAACAUUCUUAAAGUCUGCCCAUUAAAUCCUCGCAGGUCUGACAGUCUCUCCUCAAUCUUAGGGGGUUCUGCCAGGUUGAACUCACAUUCCAAUUACCAUGGUCUCCUCCCCCUCGAUCAUAAAUCCAGUAGCCAGGCCUGCUUAUUAAACAAGUCUCUUUUUAUGACUGCGUCAUUCCAAAGGCUCUUCAUUCCUUCCCCGAUGUUUCACAAACCAUGUCUUUGAUUAGUAAUUCAUUUCCACACAGUUCUUAAUCAUCCCGCUUAUAAUCAGUAAUCGCAACGGUUCUUCUUGGGGGGAGGGUUGUUGCGUAAUCACAUAAGAUAAAAGAAAAGAAAGGUUCCCCCCCCAUUCCGUCCCAUUCCAACAUACCGACCCUUUGAUGUAUCUUCUUCUUGUUAUGUUUUCCUGUUGAAUCCAACCGAUUGCUCCAUUUCACAGAGGUCACUUCAAUUAGCGGUCUUAACUCCUGUUCUUCCCUCGAAAUAUGUGCAUUUGCUUCUCUCUAAUUGUUUAUUUUGAGCUCCUGCAACCAGGCCGCGCAAUCAGAGACAGCGUCCGGGAGAGCCGUCUCACACGAGGGCUGUGUGCCUAGAGUCCUCACCCCCCUCUUUCGAAUCCGGGGGUGAUUUAUGGCAACCGCAGGCAAGGCAGUGUUCCCCAUUCCCUUGGGGUAACAAGGGAGGCUGCAUACUCCCAUAUCAGCCUCUUAAUUACCUCGUGUGAGCCGGAGAGAUGGUAUUGUCGGCCAUCUUCCAAUGCGCCCCUAGCAGCCCCCGAAGGGACCAAACUCUUCGGCCCUAGGCCAAGAACAUUGCCAGGCCCAGCUGAAAGUACCAAGAUCACCUUUAAUAAAGCCUUAACUUUCUGGGGUUUGGAAUAUGUGAAGGACCACCUGCUGAGAUCUACUGGGGGUGAGGAGUUGCAUGGCACCCCAUAUCCCACUGCUAGCUGAGCAGGGGCUGGUGAGGGUUUAGGGGCCCGAAUCUGGAAUUCCCAUUUCUGAUGGUCUUCUUCUUCUUCUUCUUCUUCUUCUUCUUCUUCUUCUUCUUCUCCUUCUCCCUUUGAAGGGUAAACAACAUUUGGUGAACAUUUAAUCUUAUGUGGGAACCUGUUGUUGGUUUUUUAGUAUUAUUGCUGCAGUUUUCAUUACGUUUUCUAUUGCUUUUCUCUUAAUACAGUUUUCUAUUUUGUCGGCUCAGAGGACCAAAGAGCAGCAUAUGAGAUUUUAGUAUAAGCUCCUCUCCAGACCUUAAAAAAAAGCAGUGGGUUUUCAGAGCCUUUCUUCUGGCUACUUCUUCUGACAUCAAUCCAUGUCAGCUGGUCACACAUACCCUUUCUUUUCUUUUCCUUUUUAGCGUAGCUAUUUGUGCCUUUGGCAUUCUUGCACUGAACGUAUUUGAUUGUGUCUGUUAAUAGUCUCUUGACGUGCGGCACUUCCCCUUAAAUUGACCCUGAUUCUGCAACCUGUCUAGGAAGCAUGUUUUGUAACUGUUCUGCUCUCCCUCAUUAGCAGCCGUGAUGAAAGCAGCUUCCAUAUUUUGCCACAACAUGAUUCACGUUUUUUCACAGGGUCAGGAAACCAAGCCAAAAUACCAAGAGAUCAUUUCUGCUCUUGAGGAGAACAGGGAUGGCGAAAUUGACUUUGAAGACUUCAUGGUUCAGUUGCUUAGCCUCACCCUGAUGUCUGAUCUCCGGGAAGAGAUCCGAAACGUGAAAAAAACAAAGUGAUAAAGGAUGCUGGAUUGAACAGAUCUUUUGGGUGGUGGGAUGGGGGGGAGAGAAACUAAGGGGAGCAUCUUAUUUUUAUGGCAUGUUUCCAGAAUGAAAGAUAGAUCACUGGUAUCCUUGGCAGAAUUGUGGAGCACAGACGUAUGGGUGACUCCCCACUUAUGCGGGGGUUUCGUUCUGGCGCCCUGCGUGCAUUAGUGAAAUUUCUGUAAGUGGGGAGCACACUCUAAACACACUUUUCAUGCCCUCUCUGCCACUGUCUCUCCAAUUCAGAUAAAAAAUGCUGUACCAAAAAUAUCCGCAAUGGGAUUGAAGCUCUGGGGGGCAGCUAUCCCACACAUCAGCUGUUAGGCGGGGAGGCUGAGCAGCCUAAACAAAUUCCCACUGUGCCUCCAGUCUCUUUUCUGCCCCCACUAAAGUCCUCUUUGGACUCCGGGGAGAGUCUCCUCACAAGCCACCAGGACUCUCCAGCUCUCUCUCUUGUGCACGCCAUUUCCUGGUGUAAAUGGAAUGAUUUAAUUUCCUGGCACCACGCAUAUACACGGUCACACACAAGUUCAUCGCAUGCAAAUUGGGGGAUGCCAGUAUUCUAAAAGGGGAGAAAAGGCUUUUUUAAAAUAAGGUUAUCUGCCUUUCGUUAGGCUCUAGUGUAUCAAGGAUCAGAUGAGUAACCAACAACCCAAAUCUGUGCAGGUUUGCCCAUUGAAUUGUGGGGCUUAUUUGGAAGUAACGGUGCAUUUGGCUGCCAGAGAUUGCAAUCCUGUGCACUCUUAUCAGAGAGCGUCUCGUGAAACCGAUGAAUCAAUAAGCUUUUGAGUACAUAUGCAUAGGUUUGGGCUGUAAGAGCAAUUUGCAUUUCAAUUGCACGUUAAAGGGCAAAGCAGUAUGGUGAAAAAAGAGAUACUGGCCCAAAUCCAGAGAUACUGGUCCGCAAGAAGGUGUUGCAUGAAGCAAGCAAUGGGGGUGUGAAGGCUUUGUGUGUUGGCCCCGAAUAUCUUACAAGCAUUCCCAUCCACACCAAGACAGAUGGAAUGGGAAUGUGCACUUUCUGGAGCGAUGGAGAAGCCAUGAGUUGACUCACAUAACUGUCCUGCCCUUACUGAACUCCACCUGCAACCCCACAUCUGUUAGAUUACAUACGCAUUAUGCCCUGCAUCACGCACUCCCUUGUACCGUCUCCUCCACAAGAACCCCAGCUGGGUGAGCAUGUGAAGCAACCUUAAGAGUGGACCAGGUCUACAAUACAAAUAGUUUCAUCUCCUAGGUAUAUUCAUUGACUAGGCUAUUGUGUGGGAAAUGUAUAGGAAAAUACCUAGAGUUAGUAUUGAGGACUUUGGGUGCUGCAAUUAAAUGUUGGCUUAUUGAGCUGAGUUGAAAGAUUAUAUUGAAUCUUAGCCUGAUGCAUUAUAACGAAUAAAAUUAACGCUAAACCAAGACAAAUAA